AUGAGCAGAUACAUCAGAUGUACUAGCAGAAGCAUUGGAAACAUUGAGGCAUCAGAGCUAUUAGAAGCAUCAGAAGGAGUAGAAGCAACAGAAGCUUCAGAGACAGCAGAGCUAUUAGAAGUAGCAGUAGCAGUAGAAGCAUCAGAAGCAUCAGAAGCAGCAGAAGCAUCAGAGGCAUCCGAAACAGUAGAAGCAUCAGAAGCACCAGAAGCAGUAGAAGCAGUAGAAGCAUCAGAAGCAGUAGAAGCACCAGAAGCAUCAGAAGCACCAGAGCUAAUAGAAGCACCAGAGCUAAUAGAAGCAUCAGAAGCAUCAGAAGCAGUAGAAGCAGUAGAAGCUUCAGAAGCAGCAGAGCUAAUAGAAGCCUCAGAAGUAGCAGAAGCAUCAGAAGCAUCAGAGGCAUCCGAAACAGUAGACGCAUCAGAAGCUUCAGAAGCAUCAGAAGCACCAGAAGCAGUAGAAGCAUCAGAAGCACCAGAAGCAGGAGAAGCAUCAGAGCUAAUAGAUGCAUCGGAUGAUAAAGGAAUAUCGGUGCUCACGGUAAAAGCUUCACCAGCAAGAGAAGUUGAUCUUGUCUUAGACUUAGAAGCAUCAGAGGCAUCCGAAACAGUAGAAGCACCAGAAGCACCAGAAGCUUCAGAGUCAGCAGAGCUAAUAGAAGCAUCAGAAGCAUCAGAAGCAGUAGAAGCAUCAGAAGCAGCAGAGCUAAUAGAAGCAUCAGAAGCAUCAGAAGCAGUAGAAACAGUAGAAGCACCAGAGCUAAUAGAAGCAUCAGAAGCAGCAGAGCUAAUAGAAGCAUCAGAAGCAUCAGAAGCAUCAGAAGCAGUAGAAGCAGUAGAAGCAUCAGAGCUAAUAACAUCAGAAGCACCAGAAGCAGUAGAAGCAUCAGAAGCACCAGAAGCAGUAGAAGCAUCAGAGCUAAUAGAAGCAUCGGAUGAUAAAGGAAUAUCGGUGCUCACGGUAAAAGCUUCACCAGCAAGAGAAGUUGAUCUUGUCUUAGACUUAGAAGCAUCAGAGGCAUCCGAAACAGUAGAAGCACCAGAAGCACCAGAAGCUUCAGAGUCAGCAGAGCUAAUAGAAGCAUCAGAAGCACCAGAAGCACCAGAGCUAAUAGAAGCAUCAAAAGCAGCAGAAGCAUCAGAAGCUUCAGAGGCAGCAGAGCUAAUAGAAGCAUCAGAAGCAGUAGAAGCAUCAGAAGCAGUAGAAGCAUCAGAAGCUUCAGAGGAAGCAGAGCUAAUAGAAGCAUCAGAAGCAGUAGAAGCAUCAGAAGCUUCAGAAGCACCAGAAGCACCAGAAGCACCGGAAGCAUCAGAAGCAUCAGAGGCAUCCGAAACAGUAGAAGCAUCAGAAGCUUCAGAAGCAUCAGAAGUAGCAGAAGCAUCAGAGCUAAUAACAUCAGAAGCUCCAGAAGCAGCAGAGUUAAUAGAAGCAUCAGAAGCAUCAGAAGCAGUAGAAGCAUCAGAAGCACCAGAAGCAUCAGAAGCACCAGAAGCAGUAGAAGCAUCAGAGCUAAUAGAAGCAUCCGAAACAGUAGAAGCACCAGAAACAUCAGAAGCUUCAGAAGUAUCAGAGCUAAUAGAAGCAUCAGAAGCACCAGAAGCACCAGAAGCAUCGGAUGAUAAAGGAAUAUCGGUGCUCACGGUAAAAGCUUCACCAGCAAGAGAAGUUGAUCUUGUCUUAGACUUCGAAGCAUCAGAGGCAUCCGAAACAGUAGAAGCACCAGAAGCACCAGAAGCACCAGAAGCUUCAGAAGCACCAGAGCUAAUAGAAGCAUCAGAAGCAUCAGAAGCUUCAGAGGCAGCAGAGCUAAUAGAAGCAUCAGAAGCUUCAAAGUCAGCAGAGCUAAGAGAAGCAUCAGAAGCAGUAGAAGCAUCAGAAGCAGUAGAAGCAUCAGAAGCAGUAGAAGCAUCAGAAGCUUCAGAGGCAGCAGAGCUAAUAGAAGCAUCAGAAGCAGUAGAAGCAUCAGAAGCUUCAGAAGCAGCAGAAGCAUCAGAAGCACCAGAAGCAGUAGAAGCAUCAGAAGCUUCAGAAGCAUCAGAAGUAGCAGAAGCAUCAGAGCUAAUAACAUCAGAAGCUCCAGAAGCAGUUGAAGCUUCAAAGCUAAUAGAUGCAUCGGAUGAUAAAGGAAUAUCGGUGCUCACGGUAAAAGCUUCACCAGCAAGAGAAGUUGAUCUUGUCUUAGACUUAGAAGCAUCAGAGGCAUCCGAAACAGUAGAAGCACCAGAAGCACCAGAAGCUUCAGAGUCAGCAGAGCUAAUAGAAGCAUCAGAAGCACCAGAAGCACCAGAGCUAAUAGAAGCAUCAAAAGCAGCAGAAGCAUCAGAAGCUUCAGAGUCAGCAGAGCUAAUAGAAGCAUCAGAAGCAGUAGAAGCAUCAGAGUUGAUAGAAGCAUCAGAAGCACCAGAAACAUCAGAAGCUUCAGAAGUAUCAGAGCUAAUAGAAGCAUCCGAAACAGUAGAAGCAUCAGAAGCAGCAGAGCUAAUAGAAACAUCAGAAGCUUCAAAGUCAGCAGAGCUAAUAGAAGCAUCAGAAGCACCAGAAGCAUCAGAAGCACCAGAAGCAGUAGAAGCAACAGAAACAUCAGAAGCAUCCGAAACAGUGGAAGCACCAGAAACAUCAGAAGCUUCAGAAGUAUCAGAGCUAACAGAAGCAUCCGAAACAGUAGAAGCAUCAGAAGCAGCAGAGCUAAUAGAAGCAUCAGAAGCAUCAGAAGCAUCAGAAGCAGUAGAAGCAUCAGAAGCUUCAGAGGCAGCAGAGCUAAUAGAAGCAUCAGAAGCAGCAGAGCUAAUAGAAGCAUCAGAAGCAUCAGAAGCAGCAGAGCUAAUAGAAGCAUCAGAAGCUUCAAAGUCAGCAGAGCUAAGAGAAGCAUCAGAAGCAGUAGAAGCUUCAGAAGCUUCAGAGGCAGCAGAGCUAAUAGAAGCAUCAGAAGCAGUAGAAGCAUCAGAAGCUUCAGAGGCAGCAGAGCUAAUAGAAGCAUCAGAAGCAGUAGAAGCAUCAGAAGCUUCAGAGCUAAUAGAAGCAGUAGAAGCAUCAGAGUUAAUAGAAGCAGUAGAAGCAUCAGAGUUAAUAGAAGCAUCAGAAGCAUCAGAAGCAGUAGAAGCAUCAGAAGCACCAGAAGCAUCAGAAGCACCAGAAGCAGUAGAAGCAUCAGAGCUAAUAGAAGCAUCCGAAACAGUAGAAGCACCAGAAGCAGCAGAGCUAAUAGAAGUAUCAGAGCUAAUAGAAGCAUCAGAAGCACCAGAAGCACCAGAAGCACCAGAAGCACCAGAAGCAUCGGAUGAUAAAGGAAUAUCGGUGCUCACGGUAAAAGCUUCACCAGCAAGAGAAGUUGAUCUUGUCUUAGACUUCGAAGCAUCAGAGGCAUCCGAAACAGUAGAAGCACCAGAAGCACCAGAAGCACCAGAAGCACCAGAAGCUUCAGAAGCACCAGAGCUAAUAGAAGCAUCAGAAGCAGCAGAGCUAAUAGAAGCAUCAGAAGCUUCAAAGUCAGCAGAGCUAAGAGAAGCAUCAGAAGCAGUAGAAGCAUCAGAGUUAAUAGAAGCAUCAGAAGCAUCAGAAGCACCAGAGCUAAUAGAAGCAUCAGAAGCAGUAGAAGCAUCAGAAGCUUCAGAGGCAGCAGAGCUAAUAGAAGCAUCAGAAGCAGUAGAAGCAUCAGAAGCUUCAGAGCUAAUAGAAGCAGUAGAAGCAUCAGAAGCAUCAGAAGCAGUAGAAGCAUCAGAAGCUUCAGAGGCAGCAGAGCUAAUAGAAGCAUCAGAAGCAGCAGAGCUAAUAGAAGCAUCAGAAGCAGCAGAGCUAAUAGAAGCAUCAGAAGCAUCAGAAGCAGCAGAGCUAAUAGAAGCAUCAGAAGCUUCAAAGUCAGCAGAGCUAAGAGAAGCAUCAGAAGCAGUAGAAGCAUCAGAAGCUUCAGAGGCAGCAGAGCUAAUAGAAGCAUCAGAAGCAGUAGAAGCAUCAGAAGCAGUAGAAGCAUCAGAAGCUUCAGAGGCAGCAGAGCUAAUAGAAGCAUCAGAAGCAGUAGAAGCAUCAGAAGCUUCAGAGCUAAUAGAAGCAGUAGAAGCAUCAGAGUUAAUAGAAGCACCAGAAGCUUCAGAAGUAACAGAAACAUCAGAGGCAUCCGAAACAGUAGAAGCACCAGAAGCACCAGAAGCACCAGAAGCUUCAGAAGCACCAGAGCUAAUAGAAGCAUCAGAAGCAGCAGAGCUAAUAGAAGCAUCAGAAGCUUCAAAGUCAGCAGAGCUAAGAGAAGCAUCAGAAGCAGUAGAAGCAUCAGAGUUAAUAGAAGCAUCAGAAGCAGCAGAAGCAUCAGAAGCACCAGAAGCAGUAGAAGCAUCAGAGCUAAUAGAAGCAUCCGAAACAGUAGAAGCAUCAGAAGCAGCAGAGCUAAUAGAAGCAGUAGAAGCAUCAGAAGCACCAGAAGCAUCAGAAGCACCAGAAGCUUCAGAAGUAACAGAAACAUCAGAAGCAUCCGAAACAGUAGAAGCACCAGAAACAUCAGAAGCUUCAGAAGCACCAGAGCUAAUAGAAGCUUUAGAAGCAGCAGAGCUAAUAGAAGCAUCAGAAGCAGUAGAAGCAUCAGAGUUGAUAGAAGCAUCAGAAGCACCAGAAACAUCAGAAGCUUCAGAAGUAUCAGAGCUAAUAGAAGCAUCCGAAACAGUAGAAGCAUCAGAAGCAGCAGAGCUAAUAGAAACAUCAGAAGCUUCAGAGUCAGCAGAGCUAAUAGAAGCAUCAGAAGCAUCAGAAGCAGUAGAAGCUUCAGAGUCAGCAGAGCUAAUAGAAGCAUCAGAAGCAUCAGAAGCAGUAGAAGCAUCAGAAGCACCAGAAGCACCAGAGCUAAUAGAAGCAUCAGAAGCAGCAGAGCUAAUAGAAGCAUCAGAAGCAUCAGAAGCAGUAGAAGCAGUAGAAGCAUCAGAAGCACCAGAAGCACCAGAAGCACCGGAAGCAUCAGAAGCAUCAGAGGCAUCCGAAACAGUAGAAGCAUCAGAAGCUUCAGAAGCAUCAGAAGUAGCAGAAGCAUCAGAGCUAAUAACAUCAGAAGCUCCAGAAGCAGUUGAAGCUUCAAAGCUAAUAGAUGCAUCGGAUGAUAAAGGAAUAUCGGUGCUCACGGUAAAAGCUUCACCAGCAAGAGAAGUUGAUCUUGUCUUAGACUUAGAAGCAUCAGAGGCAUCCGAAACAGUAGAAGCACCAGAAGCACCAGAAGCUUCAGAGUCAGCAGAGCUAAUAGAAGCAUCAGAAGCACCAGAAGCACCAGAGCUAAUAGAAGCAUCAAAAGCAGCAGAAGCAUCAGAAGCUUCAGAGGCAGCAGAGCUAAUAGAAGCAUCAGAAGCAGUAGAAGCAUCAGAAGCAGUAGAAGCAUCAGAAGCUUCAGAGGAAGCAGAGCUAAUAGAAGCAUCAGAAGCAGUAGAAGCAUCAGAAGCUUCAGAAGCACCAGAAGCACCAGAAGCACCGGAAGCAUCAGAAGCAUCAGAGGCAUCCGAAACAGUAGAAGCAUCAGAAGCUUCAGAAGCAUCAGAAGUAGCAGAAGCAUCAGAGCUAAUAACAUCAGAAGCUCCAGAAGCAGCAGAGUUAAUAGAAGCAUCAGAAGCAUCAGAAGCAGUAGAAGCAUCAGAAGCACCAGAAGCAUCAGAAGCACCAGAAGCAGUAGAAGCAUCAGAGCUAAUAGAAGCAUCCGAAACAGUAGAAGCACCAGAAACAUCAGAAGCUUCAGAAGUAUCAGAGCUAAUAGAAGCAUCAGAAGCACCAGAAGCACCAGAAGCAUCGGAUGAUAAAGGAAUAUCGGUGCUCACGGUAAAAGCUUCACCAGCAAGAGAAGUUGAUCUUGUCUUAGACUUCGAAGCAUCAGAGGCAUCCGAAACAGUAGAAGCACCAGAAGCACCAGAAGCACCAGAAGCUUCAGAAGCACCAGAGCUAAUAGAAGCAUCAGAAGCAUCAGAAGCUUCAGAGGCAGCAGAGCUAAUAGAAGCAUCAGAAGCUUCAAAGUCAGCAGAGCUAAGAGAAGCAUCAGAAGCAGUAGAAGCAUCAGAAGCAGUAGAAGCAUCAGAAGCAGUAGAAGCAUCAGAAGCUUCAGAGGCAGCAGAGCUAAUAGAAGCAUCAGAAGCAGUAGAAGCAUCAGAAGCUUCAGAAGCAGCAGAAGCAUCAGAAGCACCAGAAGCAGUAGAAGCAUCAGAAGCUUCAGAAGCAUCAGAAGUAGCAGAAGCAUCAGAGCUAAUAACAUCAGAAGCUCCAGAAGCAGUUGAAGCUUCAAAGCUAAUAGAUGCAUCGGAUGAUAAAGGAAUAUCGGUGCUCACGGUAAAAGCUUCACCAGCAAGAGAAGUUGAUCUUGUCUUAGACUUAGAAGCAUCAGAGGCAUCCGAAACAGUAGAAGCACCAGAAGCACCAGAAGCUUCAGAGUCAGCAGAGCUAAUAGAAGCAUCAGAAGCACCAGAAGCACCAGAGCUAAUAGAAGCAUCAAAAGCAGCAGAAGCAUCAGAAGCUUCAGAGUCAGCAGAGCUAAUAGAAGCAUCAGAAGCAGUAGAAGCAUCAGAGUUGAUAGAAGCAUCAGAAGCACCAGAAACAUCAGAAGCUUCAGAAGUAUCAGAGCUAAUAGAAGCAUCCGAAACAGUAGAAGCAUCAGAAGCAGCAGAGCUAAUAGAAACAUCAGAAGCUUCAAAGUCAGCAGAGCUAAUAGAAGCAUCAGAAGCACCAGAAGCAUCAGAAGCACCAGAAGCAGUAGAAGCAACAGAAACAUCAGAAGCAUCCGAAACAGUGGAAGCACCAGAAACAUCAGAAGCUUCAGAAGUAUCAGAGCUAACAGAAGCAUCCGAAACAGUAGAAGCAUCAGAAGCAGCAGAGCUAAUAGAAGCAUCAGAAGCAUCAGAAGCAUCAGAAGCAGUAGAAGCAUCAGAAGCUUCAGAGGCAGCAGAGCUAAUAGAAGCAUCAGAAGCAGCAGAGCUAAUAGAAGCAUCAGAAGCAUCAGAAGCAGCAGAGCUAAUAGAAGCAUCAGAAGCUUCAAAGUCAGCAGAGCUAAGAGAAGCAUCAGAAGCAGUAGAAGCUUCAGAAGCUUCAGAGGCAGCAGAGCUAAUAGAAGCAUCAGAAGCAGUAGAAGCAUCAGAAGCUUCAGAGGCAGCAGAGCUAAUAGAAGCAUCAGAAGCAGUAGAAGCAUCAGAAGCUUCAGAGCUAAUAGAAGCAGUAGAAGCAUCAGAGUUAAUAGAAGCAGUAGAAGCAUCAGAGUAUAGAAGCAUCAGAAGCAUCAGAAGCAGUAGAAGCAUCAGAAGCACCAGAAGCAUCAGAAGCACCAGAAGCAGUAGAAGCAUCAGAGCUAAUAGAAGCAUCCGAAACAGUAGAAGCACCAGAAGCAGCAGAGCUAAUAGAAGUAUCAGAGCUAAUAGAAGCAUCAGAAGCACCAGAAGCACCAGAAGCACCAGAAGCACCAGAAGCAUCGGAUGA